AUCUUAGUUCUCGAUUCUCGGCAUCUCCGUCAGAUCCCCACCCACUACAUCUCCCAUCCAGGUUGCUAUUUAUGUCUCAAACUCCCCCGUAAAAUCCUUACCAGACCAGACCUAGCUAAGGCCUCCUCGUAUUCCUUCUUCUAUUCCCCCACGCACACCCACACAACCAAGAACCAAAGUCCCAGAGGACUCUUUUAAGGUUUUCCUUCGACAUGAACGUGUUGGAGUCUCCUCUUGAAGCGCUCGCUCUUAACUAUCUGAGCCUUGGCUUCCUAACCGCCGUUAAUAAUCUAUGGACGUGGGUCGCCGUCCUAACCGCCGCCUUUAGCUUCUGGAAGAUCAGAACCUCCGGCGGUGUCAUUGCGUCAGCAGUUUGCCUGAGAUCCGGCCGCUCUAAACAGUCCCAUGGAAAUGAUCGAAGCCCGACUCGGCCCGCGCAGGCUCCCGAGACAUCGGUCGCCAAAGUCUCGUCUGACGAGCCACCAGCUCCAGCUCCGGCCACCGGAAUACCGGCCGGAGAAGUUGGACUUGACGAGGUGACCAAGGGCACGAAGUUUGUUGCAGUGUACGGUGAGGAUGCUGAUCAGAAAGGCAACGCCGAGCUGGCGGCGGAGAAUGAUGAGUACUACCACUGGGAGGAGAGGGGUGGGGAUGAGUGCCACGGUAUUGGAAAGUGGUGGGAGAGUUGGGAGAGAGAGCUGAGGACGAGAACGGGAGAGAAGGGCUGGUACAGGUAUCAGGACUUGAGGGUGCUAAACGGCAACGUCGUUAGAUUAUGGGAGAAUACUACUUCAUGUACAAGAGAUCUAAGGUACUAUAGCUCGAGCUGUAUUGCGUGGUAAUUGGGUUUAGACUUUUUAGAGGAUUAGGCUUUGGUUUUCUGCAAGAAAAGUUUUUAUGAAAUUAUAUAUACAUUAUGUACUUGUUGGUGUCCAUUGCAAAACCAUCAUUCCAACCAUAUUUUAUGUA